CACGAAUCUCUACCAGACUAAGAGGCAAAGCCGUAAGACGGCAUGCUAAUUUGUUUUCUUUUUUCUUGGGGUCGGAAAGGUAAGGUAACUCAGAUCCUCGAAUACUUAUCUCCUGUCGAAGCCCACAAAUCAUGUAAAUAUUGACCUUCAAGUGCUUCAAGUGAGCUACAUCACAACCCACAGAGACAGACCCAAUCUAACAUUCGACUUCCCCUGAGUCCAACCAGGCUUCCGACAACAUGGUUUGCCCGACGGGGGAGCCCGACUGGAGCGGCGUCACGCUCGAGACGUUCAACGUGACGCUGCUCACGAAUCCGCGCCUGUGCAACUCGUGCAUAUGCCCCCUCAAGAUUGGCGACGACUACUUUCUCGGCUUCAUGGACUACUACCCGUCGCUGGCCGGCAACGCUCUCUUCGCCGCCAUCUUCGGCCUCUUGUUGCUUCUCCAGCUCUUCUUCGGCAUCCGGUAUAAGACAUGGGGCUUCAUGAUUGGCAUGGCCGGCGGCUUGGUCCUCGAAGUUCUUGGGUAUAUUGCCCGCAUUCUGAUGCGCGACAAUAUGUUUACCGACACUUACUUUAUAAUGUACCUCGUCUGUCUGACCAUCGGACCCGCCUUUUUAUCCGCCGCCAUCUACCUGACACUCUCACGGCUGGUGGUCAUUUACGGGGCCGAGCACGCGCGCCUGCGGCCGCAGAUGUACACGUACGUCUUCAUCGGGUGUGACGUGGUAGCCCUCAUCCUGCAAGCGGCCGGCGGCGCCAUUGCGUCGACGGCGCCGCCCUUUUCCCAAAUGCAGCGUUCGGGCAUCAACACCAUGGUUGCCGGUGUGGCAUGGCAGGUGGCUGCUCUGCUGCUCUUCGCGGGCGCAAGCCUCGACUUUUGGCUGCGCGCCCGCUCCGGGGGUGGUCGGACGGUUAACGAUGACGACCCGGCUUGGGCACAGCUCCGCUCUCGCCGGCUGUUCCAGCCCGCCUAUAUCGUCGCUGUUUUUCUCGCGGCUCUCUUCGUCUUUGUCCGCUCCGUCUUCCGCUGCGCUGAGUUGUCGGAAGGGUUUGGGGGUCCCCUGGCUAACGAUGAGGUCACCUUCAUGGUGCUCGAGGGCACUAUGAUUAUCCUGGCCUGCGCGCUCCUGACGGGAUUUCACCCGGGCAUCGUUCUCGGUGGCAAGGCGUGGUCGGUUGCGAGCUGGAAGAGCAGCAACAACAACAACAACGGGUCAAAUGUGGUGGUCGACGGGCAGCAAGUCGUUGACCAGUCGGCACGGUUUGGGUCCGAAAAGGGGUUCUCCACGGAUAAGACUGCCAGUGUGAGGGGUGUGUAGGAAAGGGGCUUGGCUGUGAACGGGCUACGGUCAUCACUCUCUUGUGUUGGUUUCUCCUGCGGUUUGGAGUAUCAAGGCUUGCUUGCCUAAGCGUGUCAUGUUUGUUGGAAUAUCCAUAGACUUAGAUUGAUAUCCAGGGCUAAUCCCCACUUCUACUAGUUUGUGUACUGUACUUCUAGUACGGAGCCCCU